AUGGCGAAUGAACAAUCAGCAGCUUGGCCUAUUGCCGAUGAGUCGCUCUCCACCGAACUGCUGGACCUUGUCCAGCAGGCCUCGCACUACCGCCAGCUGAAGAAAGGCGCCAACGAAGCUACCAAGACCCUCAACCGCGGCACGUCCGAGCUCAUCGUGCUGGCCGCCGACACCACGCCGCUAGCCAUCCUACUGCAUCUGCCGUUGCUCUGCGAGGACAAGAACACGCCUUACGUCUACGUCCCCAGCAAAGUGGCCUUGGGACGCGCGUGCGGCGUCAGCCGCGCCGUCAUCGCCGCCAGCAUCACGACCAACGAGGCCAGCGACCUGACUGCGCAGAUCCGCAAUAUCAAGCAGAAGGUUGAGAGGCUGAUGAUUUGA